AUGUCCUGGCCCACCUGGAUAGUUCACAAGAUGGAGAUGCUGAGCACACAGGACCUAGUUCUUGAGCUGAUUAGCCAUUGCGUCGUGCAUGCCUCGAAGGGUCGUGUAUUCACCGCCUUCACCAGCUCAAAUUUCAGGCCGAGUAUCGCCGACAUCAAAGAUUGUAAGGUCGUAAAGGAGAAUCCACCGACCCAAUUCAUCCUCGUUGUCGCCACGUCGUCGUCAUGGGCCACCACCCUAGAAGCCAGGUAUGGUAUGCAUGCAGCCUUGUGGGGAACGAGAGGCGUAUACGAGGAGGAACUCCAUGGGGAUCUUCCUGCUCUGGCGCUAUCGCAAUCUUGCAAGAAGGCUAGUUUAGUCUUCCUGCUCCUGAGAAUGGGGUAUGAAGAUUUGAGAGACGGACAUGUCCCGCAUCGAAUGUUCUGGCUCCUGAAAUGCUAUAAAACUUCUGUAAAAAUCUUCAUGCCCUACAAGGGACCUCAAGAUUUAGGCUAG